AUGGCGGAACAAGACAAGCAAAAGGGCAGGGGCGGCGGAGGAGACGAGGAGAAAGAGGAUAAGUACCCGAUCGGGUUCCGGUUCAAGCCAAAAGACGUCGAGCUCAUCGAGUACUACCUCCUCCCCAGGCUGCAGGGCAGGCCGUCGGUGCCCAACGACGCCAUCAUCGAGGCGAACGUGUACGAGUGCCACCCUGACGCGCUGAUCAACGAGAAGUACAGGAGCAGGGGCGAGGGCGAGUGGUUCUUCCUGUCGCCGAGGGCUCGCAUGUACCAGAACGGCGUGAGGCCGUCGCGGAAGACGGAGGACAGCUGGGGCCGGUGGAAGGCAUUGACGGCCACCAAACUGGUGGCGAAGGAGAGGGUCGGCGAAAGCAAGACCAAGUUCUGCAAGACCGUGCUCAACUACUUCGUGGGCUCCCCCAAGAACGAGCGGAAGACCAAGUGGCUAAUGCGCGAGCUCACCAUCCCGGAGUACGAGAUCAAGCUCGAUAAGACUGGCCCCAACAACACGCUGGAUGAGUACGUCAUUUGUAGGAUCUACGUAUCCCCGGUGCACAAAGGGAACGACGACGAGGCGAGCACCAGCUCGGUGUGUGAAGAAGCACAGCAGAGUCAAGGGACGGCGGAGUCCAAGCUUUCAGACAGACAAGCUGGCAAGCUACCGGUGGAGAAGCAGACACAGCGGCGCGGUGGCCCCCGGAAGUAG